UUCCCUCAAUGUACAAGGACACAUCAGUCACCACCUGUCAGAUUACCAUCCCUUCCACCAUACAACUUAGCUCGUACUCCAAUUUAGCUUUAUAUAUCCAUCCCUACAUUUUACAGUUUCACACUCAACCCCCCGAGCCCGAAGAAGCUUCUUCAUCUCUGUCUCUUUGGCACAGAUCAUAUAUAUUACGUGCGUUAGAGAAGUGUAUAGUAUAAAUACUAGACUAAUCUGGUCCGGCUUCUUGCUUUCUUGCUCUGAGUUUUCUUAAUGGGUUUUCCGGUGGGUUAUACAGAAGUUUUCUUGCCAAAAAUCUUCAUACAGGCACUUUCCAUUCUGGGUUUUAUCCGGAGUGUCCUUUUCUCUAUUUUUAGGUUUCUGGGUCUCUCAGAUUUUCUUGAACCAGCUGAGGGGUAUUAUUUUCAAGAAAACCCGGCCCAGAUGCCCCUUACCCCGCCCAUAUCCGCUAUCCUGAUCCGGGAACUCCUGCCCGUGGUAAAGUUCUCGGAUUUGGUGGCCGGUGCCGGAGGCGAGCCGCCGGAGGAGAGUUGUGCGGUGUGCUUGUAUGAGUUCAAAGGUGGAGAAGAAAUCAGGUGGUUGAAGAACUGUAAGCACAUUUUCCAUCGGAGCUGCCUGGACCGUUGGAUGGACCACGAUCAGAAGACCUGUCCACUUUGUAGGACUCCUUUUGUGCCACGUGAUUUGGAAGACGAAUUCAAUCAACGGCUCUGGGCCGCCUCCGCCUUCGGUAGUACUAGUACUCAUGAUUUUUACGAUGAUGAUUACGAUGACAAUCCUACUACUAUUCCUGCCUUGUAAUUUGAGGCGGCUGCUGCUGCUGUCUCUCUGUGUUGUUUUCCCUUUCGAGACAAAUACAUUUUUGUAUAUAUGAAGGAAAAGCUUUUCCAAUUUCUUUUUUUUUU